AUGGCUACCCCCAAUGUCCUAACCUUUGAUGCUAAGGGUCGUACUGGUGACUUUGAGGUCUGGGUCGAUGACCUCCAGCUGUUCCUACAGUGCGAUAGGGCAGACAGACUCUCUCUAUUCGAUCUCACCUCUGGUGCCUCUCCUGUCUCGCCGACUAGUGUUGACAGCACUGUUCGCUCACAGUGGGCCACACGCGAUGCUGCUGCCCGUCUUGCUGUGCGUCGCCACUUGCCGACCACUGAGCGUGAGCACUUUAGUCAGUACAAGAGUGCUAAGACCUUGUACGACACUGUAGUUGCAUGCUACUCUUCCCCUACCACUGCUGCUCUUAGCCGCCUCAUGCUGUCGUACCUCUUUCCUGACCUCUCCGCCUUUCCCACUAUCGCUGACCUCGUUACGCACCUUGGCACUAGUGACACCCAGUACCGCGCUGCGCUUUCUACUGAGUUCUCCAGGGACCACUUACUCUCUGUUUGCCCCACCACACUCACCGUUGACCUCCUCGAGGAGCGCCUCCUAGCAGCGGAGAAGAGCUUGCUUCUGCUGCAGCGGCUGACCUCGUUAGCCUCGAGUCGGUCGGCGCUGCAUCUGCCCCUAGCGGGAGACGCCACACUGGCAAGGGCAAGGGGGGCAAGGGCGCUGGAGGGGCUGGCGGGGGCGGUGGAGGUGGCUGUGGAGGCAGUGGAGGGAGUGGGGGUGGUGGUGGAAGUGGUGGCGGGGGUGGAGGUGUCAGUGGCAGCAGUGGAGGCGGAGGAGGCGGCGGCGGUGGCGGAGGGAGCAGAGGUUGCGGAGGGGGCGGAGGUGGCGGAGGCGGCGGAGGUGGCGGAGGCGGCGGCGGUGGCGGAGGCGGCGGAGGUGGCGGAGGCGGCGGCGGCGGCAGCGGUGGAGCUGGUCGCGGCUUUGCGCAGAGGAGUGGGUCUGGUGGUGGUCCGCGCCAGCAGCAGCUGUGAGAGGACGUCCCCGUUAUAA